UUUAACCUUUGGGGUUACAUAUUGGCCUUGAGAAACAAAAAUAAUUGAAGAUAGUUAGGGUUUUAAACGUUGAAAACAAUUAAACAACUCACUUGCUCCUUAACAUUCCCUUCUCCCUCUCACGCACGCCACCUCCCACUCCCUCAACAACCAGCUACGACUGCCCAGUAGUGGUUGCCGACCGCCAGCAGCAACACUACGCGCACCACUAACCACGCAGCUCCCCACUGUGCGCCGCCACCUCCCACUGUUCGCCGCAACCUCAUUCUCUUUCCCCCAUUCUUCUAUUUAGUUUUUAAAAAAUGGGUUCAUCUAAGAAGCGAUUGAAGCGAAUUCCCGAAAGUGAAAGUGAGAUGGGUUCAGAAGAAGAGUAUGGAUAUGUGAACGAGAUAAGUGAAGAGGAAUUUGAGGUCUCUGAUUAUUCAGAUGGUGUGGAAAAUGAGGGUGAGAGUUCAGACGAGAGCGAAGGCAGAGAAGAUGAAGCAGAGGAUGGUGAUAGAACGUUGAAUGAGCAACAAAAGGACAAUGAGAUACAAGAACUUGAGAAAGAGUAUAGGGAUCUUCAAACCAUGGAGCAGAGUUUGAUACAAAAUUUGAAGCAACACAAGGAUGAAGAUCUUGUAAAGGGGCGGGCUAUUAAGAACCAGAAGGCUCUGUGGGAUAAAACCCUUGAAUUCAGGUUUUUGUUACAAAAGCCUUUUUCUAAAUCUAAUAAAUUGCCACAGGGACCAAUUCGAUCUUCAUUCUGUGAGGCAAAUGAAGACAUUGCUGUUGCAUAUACAGAUCUCAUUGUGUCAUCUAGGAAGGCAAUAGAGUCCCUUGUGCAUUUACAAGAGGCUCUAGUUGACAAUAAUCCAUCAAUCCGAGAAGAAACAGAAGCAGGAUCUCCAUUUCUGAAAACUUUUGAGGAUGGUGAAGGGAAAAUGGAUCUUGACGAGGAAGAAUGGUUGCGAAUUUCUCAAGUGCAAUCAAGACUAGCACCUUUCAGAAAUUCUUCAAUAGAUAAAUGGCAGAGAAAGGCUGAUGUCCACAGUGGUGCUGCUGCAAAGAAAGUAAAAUUGGUGGCCUUUAACCAGAAUAUAAGUGAACAAGUGGCUACAUACAUGAGAGAUCCAAGUAAAUUGAUUAAGAGUAUGCAAACAAGAAGAGAAACUGUGGGUGUAUUUGGCGCUGUUGCUAAGCAAGAUGGCAACAAUAAUGAAGAGGGAAACAAUGAGGGUGACCCUGAGCUUCUGGAUGACGCUGAGUUCUAUCAACAAUUGCUGAAGGAGUUCUUUGAGACAAUCGACCCUAACUCUUCUGAGUCGGCAUUCUAUGCUUUGAAAAGACUACAAACGAAGAAAAGAAAAGUGGUAGAUCGUCGAGCGUCCAAAAGCCGAAAAAUCAGGUAUCAUGUUCAUGAAAAGAUUGUCAAUUUCAUGGCUCCUGAACCCAUGGAGCUCCCUCCGAUGGCUCCCAAGUUAUUUGAUAAUUUGUUCGGGUUGAAGACUCCGAAAUCUACGCCUGUUGCAUAGAGUUAUUUUUAUCAAGAUUUGUAUUAGCCAUUUUAUUAUCACUAGGAAUGAAUAUUGAUCUGGCUCAAUGUAGGGUAAUACAUGCCUAUUUAUAUUGACAACUUUUUUGGUGCAAAUUACAACUCAUCUCCAGAGUAAUGAGAGUAUUGGUUUGUAGCUGUAGAAAUGAAAAGAAGAUUAACACUAUGUACUUUGGGGAGAAAAGAAAGGAAGAAAAGGGGAAAGGAUGAAGAGAAUAGAAAUGAGAGGAAGAUAACUCUUGUUUGUUUAUAAAUAAGGGCAACAUUUCUCUUUGAAUCUUUCUAGUUUUGAAGGAAUUAAGACAUUAACGAAAAUUAUUCAUUUAA